UGCGGCUGCGACCCGACUCGGGUCUGGAGGGCGCCGACUACAUCAACGCAUCCUGGCUGCCAGGCUACCGGCUGAUGCAAGAGUACAUUCUGACCCAGCACCCGCUGCCCAACACGGUGCUGGACUUCUGGCAGAUGGUGUGGGACCACAGGGUGACCACGGUCACCUGUCUGUCCCCCGAGGACUUCGGGGUCUUCUGGCCGCUGGAGGAAGAAGAACUUUACGGUCGGAGCUUUGUAAUUCGGUACAUGUCGGAGAGUGCUGACUGCAGCGCCACCUAUAAGUCCUCGUGGAUCAUCCGCUCCUUCCUCAUGGAGUCGACAGAGGGCAUGGAUGACGUGACCGUGCGCAUAGUUCACCUGCCACUGUGGCCGGAGGAGUGCUCCACCGACUCGGUGGUCGAGGGCGUGCUGGGCGUCACCGAGAUUCCAGGGAGACCGGCGCACGCCGCUGCUGGUCAUCGACAGGUGACCGGGCUCUCAGGCGCCCUGCUGCACCUGGUGUGCGAGUGA